AUGUUGGACAUCGUUGCAGAUGGCGUCCCUCGGGAGACAAGUUGUGUCUUCUGCCGACGCUGCGCCACGACUUCUGGACCAUCUCAGGUGGUACAAGUACGCGUUGUAGAUGACCAUCCCCCGUCCAUACUGUGCAGACAUUACAGUAUGUCGCCGAACCGGGGCCUGGUGUCGCCAUGGCACAAGGCAAGAUCCUACAGCACCGCGAAACCAACCCCUCCGACACCUCGCCCCUACCGACAAGCAGCGCCCGAGCAGCGAUUAUCACGACAUCCCGCAUACCCAGAACCUCCCGCCGAGAUUGAGCAGAAGAAAAGUCUCUUUCCACGGUUAUGGCCGUUCAAGCCUUCGCAACAAGGUCCCAUUGAUCUGGGUGCCAAGGACCCAGCAAGAGGCGUAGAGUCAGCGAGAAGGGUGGUAAAAGAGGGAGUUUUAGAUCCGCGCUACAAGUCGAUUGCACGACGUGUUACGGCAUUGAUAUGUGCACUUCCGCUCUCGAUUUAUCUGGGCUAUGAAUUGUUCCAGAGGCGCUUUAAGGGCAAGGAGCGGAAGAGGGUUGUACCUCCACCGGCGAAGCCAGUUGAAGGCAGCAUGAAUCCGGCGUGA